GCGAAAUUCCCUCUACCGUCAGACAAACACCUGCAUGAAGAUGGCUGAAAAAACAGUAGACACUUCCUCCCCAGAGUAUCAAACAGACACUGCUGUUGACAGUAGUUCAGCUUUGCCACCACCUCCCCAAGAAGUUUCAGAUCUUUGCAAAGAAACGUUUGAUAAAAUGUCAGACUAUUUAAUGGGUGAACUUACAAUGACAGUAGAAGACUACAGUCUUUUAGAACAGAUGAACAAAGUUACAAUGAAUAAGUACUUUGAAAUGAAACAGAUGACAGCCAACAUUAGCACAGCAAUGCAGGAACUUAAUGACAAAU